UCGGCCCUCGUGACGUCAGCGUGCGUCGCGGGCUCCAGUCCGCAGCCGGGCCACAGUCGCGCGCUGGCCGAGCGGAGCGGGGCGGGGCGUCGGGCCAGCUGAGCGGCCUCGUCAGACCGCGCCAGUUUGAAUGAAACCUCCCCAAGAUGGCGGUGGCCGGGGCCCAGGCCGGAGGAGCUUGGUGUGUGCCUUGCCUAGUUUCACUUGAUACUCUUCAGGAAAUAUGUAGAAAAGAAAAGCUCACAUGUAAAUCGAUUGGAAUCACCAAAAGGAAUCUAAACAAUUAUGAGGUGGAAUACUUGUGUGACUACAAGGUAGUAAAGGAUAUGGAAUAUUACCUUGUAAAAUGGAAAGGAUGGCCAGAUUCUACAAAUACUUGGGAACCUUUGCAAAAUCUCAAGUGUCCAUUACUGCUUCAGCAAUUCUUUAAUGACAAGCAUAAUUAUUUAUCUCAGGUAAAGCAAAGCAAAGCAAUAAUUCCAAAAGACAAUGACAAAGCUUUGAGACCUGCCAUUGCUCAGUACAUUGUAAAGAAAGCUAAACAAAGGAUAGCUCUGCAGAAGUGGCAAGAUGAACUCAACAGAAGAAAGAACCAUAAAGGAAUGAUAUUUGUUGAAAAUACUGUUGAUUUAGAGGGCCCACCUAUAAACUUCUACUACAUUAAUGAAUACAAACCAGCUCCUGGAAUCAGCUUAUUCAAUGAAGUGACCUUUGGUUGUUCGUGCACAGAUUGCUUCUUUGAAAAAUGUUGUCCUGCUGAAGCUGGAGUUGUCUUUGCUUAUAAUAAGAACCAACAAAUUAAAAUCCCACCCGGUACUCCCAUCUACGAAUGCAAUUCAAGGUGCCAAUGUGGACCUGACUGUCCCAAUAGGAUUGUACAGAAAGGCACAAAGUAUUCACUUUGCAUCUUUUGAACUAUCAAUGGCUGUGGCUGGGGUGUAAAGACCCUUGUGAAGAUUAAAAGAAUGAGUUUUGUCAUGGAAUACGUUGGAGAGGUAAUCACAAGUGAAGAAGCUGAAAGGCGGGGGCAGUUUUAUGACAACAAAGGAAUCACCUAUCUCUUCGAUCUGGACUUUGAAUCGGAUGAAUUCACCGUGGAUGCAGCUCGAUAUGGAAAUGUGUCUCAUUUUGUAAAUCAUAGUUGUGACCCAAAUCUUCAGGUGUUCAAUGUUUUCAUCGAUAACCUCGAUACUCGUCUUCCCCGAAUAGCAUUGUUUUCUACAAGAACCAUAUAUGCUGGAGAAGAACUAACUUUUGAUUACCAAAUGAAAGGUUCUGGAGAUACAUCUUCAGAGUCUGUUGACCAUAGCCCUGCCAGAAAAAGGGUCAGAACUGUGUGCAGGUGUGGAGCUGUGACAUGUAGAGGUUACCUCAACUGACUGUUAGGGAAGUACAGCUGAUGAUUGCUGUAGUUUGGUUUUUCCUAAUAUUAACACUUUUUAAAAGUAUUUGGGACUCUUCAUAUUAUCAAGAUUACACUACAUUAAUUUACAGUUCCUCUUUCAAGACAUCAUCUGCAAAAUACAUGAAAAGAAGACAUGGUCACAUAGGCUAAUUUGAAAUGGACUGACUUGGUGAUUAGAAUCCAGAUGUGGGAGACAGUGUUUGCAGAUCAGCAUGCGCAUACUGAAGGAGUCUAUGUGAGCAGAGACGUGCCCCCUUCUGUGUUUGAAAACUGUUAGACUAAAAAGGUAAUAAUUGCUGAGCUGAAACAUUCAUCUUGCCAUAUACUUUGAUUGCAAAGACACAGUUAAUUUAGUUUGAGCAAAUAUACAAGUUCUGGGUUUAUUAUUGUCAUGCCUAUUAAAUACUCACUUGUUCUUUUAAGACAAAUAAGUGAUAGUGAAUUUUUACUCUUAUUUUCUACUUUGUCAUUUAAACAUUGUCAUCUUAAUGAUAUAGAAAUUUAAAGUAUAAAAUGUUUCAGUUUGAUUUCUUAUUUUGAAAGAUCUAAACCGUUAUGAAGAUUGUAUGUCUAAACCUGUAAUUCAAGAUCUUUAUCCUACAGAAAAAGACUCUCCAAAAGGCCCUGAGAUGUCUGGAAGGGCUGGCCAUAUGCUUCUCUGAAAGGACAGGACAGUGGGGUUGGGAAGGCUCUCCGGAGCCCCUGCUGAGGAAGUGAAGGGCUGUGAGGGACCACUUGUGUGGAGUAGGAGACCCGUGUCGAGCACCUCUGAUCUCAGCUGACCCCAGCUCCCUAGGGAGCAGCUGUCUGAGUAACGAUGUCGUGUCCACUGACAUGCAUCCUCUAAUGUCCAGCAGCUUUAAUGUUUUCACCAAACCGUUUUUAUAUUUCCUUCAGUUUCAUCUUAAAAAGUAAUCUAUAUUUGAGCUGGUAACUUGUUUUAUACAUGAAUUUCUAGGUGGGAUAAAUCUAACCUUGGCCCAAGUAUAUGCGUGAAUAGAGAACUUUUAUUAGUUGACCUACUGUAUAAAGACUAAAAUGUAAAUUUUUUACACCUUUGUAGUAAAAGCUCAGUCAGGAAAACUUUCUGUCUCUGAUGCUGGCAUUUCUCAUGGCAUCUAACAUGAAGAUAAAUGCAGCAAAUUAGCCUUCGGUUUCCCUAAUUAAGUUCUUGAGCCGGGGAUUUAGCUCAGUGGUGCCACCCCUGCCUUGCAAGCGCAAGGUCCUGAGUUCAGUCCCCGGUACCAGAAAAAAUAAGUUCUUCCUACACUUUCUGCUCUAGGUUUUAGUGGCCUACAGUAAGCUUGGGUAAAACUGAACUGAAUUCAAGAAUGCAGCACUUCAGAUAUAUUAAUUCGUGACCUGUUUUUCAGGGAAACUAUACUUUAUUCAUUAUAUUGCUAUCACUUUGCUCUUUUUAAAUAUAGGAUAAAUUAUUUGCAUGUUUUGGGCCUUGUGUCUGCUAACCAAAAAUUUCAGGAUGCACCGAGGAAAAAAUAUAUUUUUUAAUGGCAUUUCUUGUGUUUUAUGAAAAAUGAGUCCCAGUGUUGGCAGUGAGAACACAUUAUAGGGUUACAGGUUGUCCCAAGUGGCCAAGUUUACUCGAGCUACCAUUCUUACAGGUUUAUGAUGUAAUUUUUUUAAGUCACUGUUUUAAUAUCUAGUUAUUUGAUCUUGUCUACCAUCUGGGUUUUUAAAAAUGUAAAACUGGAGGCUGAACGGAGGGGAAAAGACUGUUUUCAGUAAACCUGUGGUUCUGCUUUGCCCUGAGAGAAAUCCCAUGGGCCUUUAAAAUGUUAAGUAUAUACCUGUGUAACAUUAGAAACUAAAAGAAACCAUUUGGGACUUUUAAGUAUUAGGAAGUCAACACUGUUUUUUUACUUGUGCUUGCUAACAAUAUCAAAAUUUGUUUGCAGUAUAAAUGUUUUCAAAGGUUGGGCUGGGGAUUUAGCUCAGUGGUUCUGCUGCCUGCCUUGCAAGCACAAGGACCAGAGUUCGAUCCCGGUACCAAAACAAACAACAACAACAAAAAAACAAUGCUGUCUAUAGAAGUUUUCAAAGGUAACAGUAACAGCAAAUUUAAAAUGCAAAUCUACUGUACAAGUUGUAAUUCUAUCAUUUCCAGGAUCUGUGUAGGGUUGUGAUACAGAAUUAGAACUCUUGGGAUUUUCCUUCUAUAUACAAACUUUACUUUUAUUUUUGAGACAGUCUCACUGGGUAGCCCAGGCUGUUCUCGAACUCAGUGAUCCUCGUGCCUCAGGCUGCUGAGUGUGCGGAUCUCACACACACGUGUGCCACAUGCCUGGCCACAUAUGCAGGAUUUAAACUGCUCUUGUAGCUCAACAGUUUCUUCUCAAGCAAAAUAAAUUUAAUUUGACAUUUAAUGAUAUUCCA